AUGGGAGUCGAUGCCAAAGACGUAGGAGUUCUCUUGUGGAAAAUUCUCAGAAUCUCCACGAGCUCUGUUUACACAUGCGUAAGAAAAUACCCACUUGUUUCUGGUGUUUCUGCGAUCAUCUUCCUCUUAUACACUUUUCUUCCUCGGGUUUUCUAUUUCCUGCUCUUCUCUUCUCCGUUCGUCGCAUUCUCUGCGUUUUAUCUUCGAAACCAUCGAAAUGUCAAGCCUUUGAAUGGAUUACCAUCACCAUUUUCCCAAAAAGUGUCCGAGGGAGGAACCACAACAACGAAGGCUGAGUUAAAACACCAACGAAGUGUUCGACGAAAUGCCAGAAGGAAAGUUGAGGAAGUUGGGAAAGAUUGGGACUCUGCUCAAGCCAGCGAGGAUGAGAGAGACAAAGUCAUUUUGACAACUCUCUACGGCGAAUUCCCCCAAAACGCCAGAAAAUCUCCCAAACUCCAUAAAUUCAAGAAAGACAGAGCCUUUCUUGUGUCGGAAGAAAUCUCCUUUGAGCCUCCUUCAACCGCCGGAAAUGUUUCCGCCGUUGAUCUUUCGGAGAUGCUAACGAGCGGUGGUGGCGAAACCGAAGUUGAGUGUUCAUCAUCAUCAUCAUCAGAAGGCGAACAAGAAACCAUCCUUGAAGACAAAAAGGUAUUCGCUUGGACCGAGGAUGAUCAGAAGAAUCUGAUGGAUCUUGGAAACUCUGAUAUUGAACGUAACAGGAGAUUAGAGCAUAUGAUUACUAGAAGAAGAACAAGGACAUUGACGGCUGAGAGAAGCCUAAUGGAUAUGGAAGUUCCUCCUAUAUCUGUUGGAAGGAACAAUUUCGGUUUGGAUGAAGAAAACUAUAUGAUUGAUGGACUUCAAAUGCCUGAGUCUGCACCUUCUGUGUUAUUAUUACCAACAAAAAACCCAUUUGAUAUUCCUUAUGAUCCACAAGAGGAGAAGCCUAACCUCUCAGGGGAUAGUUUUCAUCAAGAGAUCGUUGAGAGUGAUUCAAACACAUUGCCUUCUCCUGGGGUAAGGGAAAUGGAAUCCAGUGUCUCAGAUAAAGCAGAGUCUUCUGGAGCUCCCGGGAAACGAAAUGGUGAUCAUCGUGUUGGAAACUCUCUAGUGGGUCUAGUUCCAAGAAACACUGUUGAGUUUUCUGAGAUCGGAUCACCUCCCACUACAGCUGGUGGUAAUAAUUCUUCUGAUGACGAGAAGUCACCCUUUGUCUGCGAAUCAGAGACCGGGAAGGAAACGGGCUCUAAUGCUGAGGGAAAUGAGGCUAAACAGAUGAGCAUUCUGGAUAAAACUGCAGAUUCUCAAAUGUUACCAGUGGAGAAAUUUGAUCAAUAUUUGAAUGAUGCAGCUAGACAAUUUGAGGGUUUGUCUGAUGGGACAGAUGUCAAAGGAAGAUCAGAGGAAGAGGAGAGAUCAAAAUCCAGGCAGUCUCUACUGGAAAAUCCAGACAAAGCAUUGCAAAUAUCCGAAGAGGCUUCGAAAAUAGAAGAGGAGUCGCAGGAUCUUCUCCAAAACUCGGUGGAUGAGCUGAAGAUAAGUUAUGUCUCUGAUGAACGUGAAGAACCCUCUGAGAGAAGAAGCAAUCAAGAACUCGAAGAGCAUGUUAGGAGAAAUGAUGGAGGCGAAUCAGCUCAAGAGACUGCGGAUCCUGAAGCUUCAAAUGUUAAUCAAGUGGCAUCUGCUACUUCCCCAACAUCAGUGUUACCAGACGUGUCGUUACCUUUAGACCGGACUUAUAUUUUGGCCUCUGAGGAUUUGGAACCGACAACUGUAAUACCAGAACCGGAUCCUCCUGUGAAUCAAUUAGGUGGUUAUAGUAGUAGGAACAAUUUAGAAACAUAA